UUAAAAAACAUAUGGCAUCCAAGUAUAUUAUGUAACUAUGCCGAUUUUACUGUCCUUGGGCAAAGUUGCUAAAUACCAGUAGACGGUAAACAACCAUGCCGUGUAUAUAGCCAUUUCUCUGUUGCCGAGGCUAUAUUUAUUCGGCGACCGUAUACAUAGUCUUGAAUUCUACACAGGUCGCCUUACCAUCUUUUCAAUCGACUUCAAAAACAUAUAUCACAAACUUCGAUACGUCUGCCCCCGCCAUUGAAAUGUCCAGUGUUGAUGAUGAUGAUGAGCCUCAGUUGUCUGCCCACACAUUAGCAGCUCUGAAUGAUUUCCUUAUGGAACAGAAGAUAGAAGAUCAGAAUUUACAAGAAGCCCAGGAGGGAGACCUUGAACACUUCACACCACAAGAAAACUGGCAACUAAGUCAGUUUUGGUAUGAUGACAAGACCGCUACCAGACUUGCAGAAGAAGCUAUAGUAAUAGCAGGACAAAACGGCAGAAUUGCCUGCAUCAGUUCCCCUACAGUGUACAGUAAAAUACGGCAGAUUAAACCUUCAACAUGCACAGCAAAGUGUUUGGAAUUCGAUGCAAGAUUUAAAUGUUUUGGAGAGGACUUCUUGUUGUAUGACUACAACCAGCCUUUAGAGUUACCUCAGGACUGGAAACAAAGCUUUGAUGUCAUAUUAGUGGAUCCACCGUUUUUAGCUGAAGAAUGUUUGACCAAAACAGCACAGAGUGUCAAAUUUCUGGCAAAAGACAAAAUUAUACUGUGCACAGGAUCUAUAAUGGAAGAAUUGGCCGGUCGUUUACUUGGGACCCACGCAUGUCAGUUUAGACCAAUGCAUAAAGGUCUACAAAAUGACUUUAAGUGCUACAUAAACUAUGACCAGUCAACACUGAAUAAAGAUUGAACAUUUUCA